GGGGAGGGGCUGCGGAGGGGCGGAACUGGUGGGAGGCAACCAGCCCAGGAUUUCUUCUAGACAAGUUUGGAGUCUUCUUCUUCGAGAAGCGGCUGCAUCCCUUCUGCACCCCUUCCCCUUCUGGGCUCAGCCCUGCAACACCUGCCCCCUCGCCACUCAGCAGGAUGGGACAGGAAUUCCAACUGCCCACAUCUUCCUCCCCUUCAUCUCAGCCACUCUGCGAACGGCAUGACUCCUCCCUGUCCGGCCGACAGCUGCAGCAGCAGCAGGAGCCAGGGGCUGAGACUGAAGAGAAUGACUCAGUGACUGAAGGCCCUGUGGGUGAGAUCAUUCGGCCAAGGCCGCAGGGGUCCUCACCUGUUUAUGAGUACACACCUGAAGGUGCUGGCUUUGGAGCCCAGGGAAACAACCAGGGCAGGCGCGGUGCCUCUGGCAGAAGGAGAUCCUGGUGGAAAAGGGAUUCAGGGGGAGCCCCAGGCUUCUCCAGCAUGAAUCAUGCAGAGGAUAUGCAGGAGGCAACCGAAGUGACGCUGACGACUGAGGUAGAGUCAGGAGCCAGUGGCUACAGCGUCACAGGCGGAGGGGACCAGGGCAUCUUUGUCAAGCAAGUGCUGAAGGGCUCCUCCGCUGCAAAACUAUUCAGCCUGAGAGAAGGGGACCAGCUUCUCAGUGCAACCAUUUUCUUUGACCACAUGAAAUAUGAAGACGCCCUGAAAAUCCUACAGUACUCAGAACCAUACAAAGUCCAGUUCACAGUCAAACGGAAACUCUCGGCCAGCAAGAGAGAGGAGUCAGCCAUUGAGCACUCUCAGCAAGACUGGAAAGGCCAGGAGAAACAGGGCCAGGACAAUGCUGAUGGAUACAUGGAGACCCCUACAAAGACUCUCCAGGCAGAUGGAGAUCGAGAAAGACUCAUUUCUAAGUCCAGGGAUGGUCACCAGAGGCGGCCCCAGGACAGACUCUCCUGGCCAAAAUUUCAAGCCUUAAGGAGCAAGCGGGGGACAGGCCCCCGACGUUCACGCAGUUCCUCAGAAGCCUCAGAGCACAUGGACACAUGUGAUGUGUCCCCAACAAGCACAGACACGGAGGCCCAGCUGACAGCUGACAGCCAGGGGCAGAAGUCGGGGUCAGGAAGACGAAGAAGGAGGUUCCUGAACCUGAGAUUUGGGAUGGGUUCAGCACAGGGUGAGCAAACACACAGAGAGCCCCAGGACAGGCAAGAUCAUGCUGGAGAGCUGCAUGAGACCCAGCCACAAGAGGACGAGACGGAGGCAACAGGGCUCAUGCCGACUCGAACUGCGCAGACGCCCAAGGAGGCCAGCCAUUCCAGCUUAGGCAAGGGAGGCCAUGGAGAAAUGGCAGUGAAAACAGACAGACAACAACAGAAGAAAAAGCAGUUAGCAAAACAAGAGAAGAAGACAGUGUGCAAGCUUGGAGCUGAGCCAGGCCAGGGAAGGAGCUGGGAUGAUGAAUGGGAAGAGGUGGAAAGUCUGGAAAUUGGCAUUGCGAGAUUGUCUCUGCAAGACAAACCUGACCAAGGCGGCACACAAGUGUCACUGGGUGACAUGCAAGCCACGGAACGAGGGGUGACCCGGAAGAAGAUGGAGGAGACACAGGCCACGGAAGAAGGUGUGCUGGGGGAGAAGGGACAGAGAGAACUGAGGCACAGGGACAGACAGGAGACACAACAGACAGAGGAACCAAAAGGAGAAACAAUGCACGCCACAGGAAAAGAAGGACUGCAUGGAGACGGAGGUUGGGAAAAAGAACAGAAGGAGAAAGAGGUUGGAGAAGAAGUGACAGAGACAGGACAAUUAAGGGUGAAGAGGCCAAAAUUCAAGAUGCCAUCAUUUGGAUGGUCCCAAACGAAGGAGGUAAUCACCACGCAAAAGGAGAGGAGAGGACCGGACACGAGGGACUAUGAGAAACUAACAGAGGGCAAGGAUGAACACAAAAGUAAAGCUAGGCAGGAAAGAGAAACAACUGAGGAGGAGCAAACAGUACCGCGAGCAGAAAGCAUUGACACGAAAGCAAAAAUCAGAGAAAAACAUGAUGGAACCAAACAAGAAACAAACUUCCAAAUGUCCAAGAUAAAGAUGCCGUCAUUUGGCAUGUCUCCGUCAGGCAAGCCCACCGUGGAGGCCUCGCUGGAGGUGGCUGCCCCCAAACUGAAGGCAGACAUGGCUCUGCCCUCAGUGCAGGGUGACCUCAAGACCCCUCACCUGAGCAUGGAGCUGCCCAAGGUAAACCUGGAGGUCAAGGCUGGCCAUGUGGGCGAAAACCUGACCGAGAGCCAACAGUCCGAGGGUGAGCUGGCCUCAGAAGCUGCUGCUGGUGCCGGCCUCAAGGGCCACCUGCCAAAGGGACAGAUGCCCAGCCUCAAGAUGCCCAGCAUCAAGAUGCCCAAGGUGGACCUGAAGGGGCCACACGUGGACCUGAAGACACCCAAAGUGGACGUGAAAGGCGCCAAGGGCGACGUCAGCGGCCCCGAUCUGGAGGUGUCGCUGCCAGGCGUGGAGGUGGAUAUCCAGACCCCAGGGGCCAAGCUGGAGGGGGACCUCGCCCUGGUCGACAAGGACAUCGCAGCCAAAGACAGCAAGUUCAAGAUGCCCAAGUUCAAGAUGCCCUCUUUUGGCGUUUCCGCGCCAGGCAAGCCCACCGUGGAGGCCUCGCUGGAGGCGGACGUGGCUCUGCCCUCGGUGCAGGGCGACCUCAAGACACCUGACCUGAGCACCAAGCUGCCCUCCGCCGACCUGGAGGUCAAGGCUGGGCAGGUGGGCGUUGAGUUUCCCGAGUUCCAGCAGCCCGAGGGUGAGCUGGCUUCAGAAGCUGCUGCUGGGGCCGGCCUGAAGGGCCACCUGACCAAGGGGCAGAUGCCCAGCCUCAAGAUGCCCAGCAUCAAGAUGCCCAAGGUGGACCUGAAGGGGCCCCACGUGGACCUGAAGGCCCCCAAAGUGGAUGUCAAAGGCGCCAAGGGCGAAGUCAGCGGCCCUGAUGUGGAGGUGUCGCUGCCAGGCGUGGAGGUGGACAUUCAGGCCCCAGGGGCCAAGCUGGAGGGGGACCUCGCGCUGGUCGACAAGGACAUGGCUGCCAAAGACAGCAAGUUCAAGAUGCCCAAGUUCAAGAUGCCCUCUUUCGGCGUUUCCGCGCCUGGCAAGCCCACCGUGGAGGCCUCGCUGGAAGUGACUGCCCCCAAGCUUGAGGCAGACAUGGCUCUGCCCUCAGUGCAGGGCGAGCUCAAGACACCCGACCUGAGCAUUAAGCUGCCCUCCACCGACCUGGAUAUCAAGGCAGGGCAGGUAGACGUUGAGUUGCCAGAGUUCCAGCUGCCCGAGGGUCAGCUGGCCUCAGAGGCUGCCGCUGGCUCCGGGCUCAAGGGCCACCUGCCCAAGGUUCAGAUACCCAGCCUCAAGAUGCCCAAGGUGGACCUGAAGGGGCCCCACGUGGAACUGAAGGCCCCAAAAGUGGACGUGACAGUCGCCAAAGGAGAGGUGAUCGGCCACGACUUGGAGGUGUCCCUGCCCAGCGUGGAGGUGGACAUCCAGGCCCCGGGAACCAAGCUGGAAGGAGACCUGACCCAAGCCCACAGGGACGUGGCCAGCAAAGACAGCAAGUUCAAGAUGCCCAAGUUCAAGAUGCCCUCCUUUGGAGUGUCUGCGCCUGGCAAGCCCGCUUUGGAGGCCUCGCUGGAGGUGGCCGCCCCCAAGCUGGAGGCUGACGUGGCUCUUCCCUCGGUGCAGGGCGAGCUCAAGACCACUGACCUGAGCAUGCAGCUCCCCUCCACCGACCUGGAGGUCAAGGCAGGGCAGGUGGACGUCGAGCUGCCUGAGUUCCAGCUGUCCGAGGGUGAGCUGUCUUCAGAGGCUGCCGCUGGUGCCGGCCUCAAGGGCCACAUGCCCAAGGGGCAGAUGCCCAGCCUCAAGAUGCCCAGCAUCAAGAUGCCCAAGGUGGACCUGAAGGGGCCACACGUGGACCUGAAGACACCCAAAGUGGACGUGAAAGGCGCCAAGGGCGACGUCAGCGGCCCCGAUCUGGAGGUGUCGCUGCCAGGCGUGGAGGUGGAUAUCCAGACCCCAGGGGCCAAGCUGGAGGGGGACCUCGCCCUGGUCGACAAGGACAUCGCAGCCAAAGACAGCAAGUUCAAGAUGCCCAAGUUCAAGAUGCCCUCUUUUGGCGUUUCCGCGCCAGGCAAGCCCACCGUGGAGGCCUCGCUGGAGGCGGACGUGGCUCUGCCCUCGGUGCAGGGCGACCUCAAGACACCUGACCUGAGCACCAAGCUGCCCUCCGCCGACCUGGAGGUCAAGGCUGGGCAGGUGGGCGUUGAGUUUCCCGAGUUCCAGCAGCCCGAGGGUGAGCUGGCUUCAGAAGCUGCUGCUGGGGCCGGCCUGAAGGGCCACCUGACCAAGGGGCAGAUGCCCAGCCUCAAGAUGCCCAGCAUCAAGAUGCCCAAGGUGGACCUGAAGGGGCCCCACGUGGACCUGAAGGCCCCCAAAGUGGAUGUCAAAGGCGCCAAGGGCGAAGUCAGCGGCCCUGAUGUGGAGGUGUCGCUGCCAGGCGUGGAGGUGGACAUUCAGGCCCCAGGGGCCAAGCUGGAGGGGGACCUCGCGCUGGUCGACAAGGACAUGGCUGCCAAAGACAGCAAGUUCAAGAUGCCCAAGUUCAAGAUGCCCUCUUUCGGCGUUUCCGCGCCUGGCAAGCCCACCGUGGAGGCCUCGCUGGAAGUGACUGCCCCCAAGCUUGAGGCAGACAUGGCUCUGCCCUCAGUGCAGGGCGAGCUCAAGACACCCGACCUGAGCAUUAAGCUGCCCUCCACCGACCUGGAUAUCAAGGCAGGGCAGGUAGACGUUGAGUUGCCAGAGUUCCAGCUGCCCGAGGGUCAGCUGGCCUCAGAGGCUGCCGCUGGCUCCGGGCUCAAGGGCCACCUGCCCAAGGUUCAGAUACCCAGCCUCAAGAUGCCCAAGGUGGACCUGAAGGGGCCCCACGUGGAACUGAAGGCCCCAAAAGUGGACGUGACAGUCGCCAAAGGAGAGGUGAUCGGCCACGACUUGGAGGUGUCCCUGCCCAGCGUGGAGGUGGACAUCCAGGCCCCGGGAACCAAGCUGGAAGGAGACCUGACCCAAGCCCACAGGGACGUGGCCAGCAAAGACAGCAAGUUCAAGAUGCCCAAGUUCAAGAUGCCCUCCUUUGGAGUGUCUGCGCCUGGCAAGCCCGCUUUGGAGGCCUCGCUGGAGGUGGCCGCCCCCAAGCUGGAGGCUGACGUGGCUCUUCCCUCGGUGCAGGGCGAGCUCAAGACCACUGACCUGAGCAUGCAGCUCCCCUCCACCGACCUGGAGGUCAAGGCAGGGCAGGUGGACGUCGAGCUGCCUGAGUUCCAGCUGUCCGAGGGUGAGCUGGCCUCAGAAGCUGCCGCUGGUGCCGGCCUCAAGGGCCACAUGCCCAAGGGGCAGAUGCCCAGCCUCAAGAUGCCCAGCAUCAAGAUGCCCAAGGUGGACCUGAAGGGGCCACACGUGGACCUGAAGACACCCAAAGUGGACGUGAAAGGCGCCAAGGGCGACGUCAGCGGCCCCGAUCUGGAGGUGUCGCUGCCAGGCGUGGAGGUGGAUAUCCAGACCCCAGGGGCCAAGCUGGAGGGGGACCUCGCCCUGGUCGACAAGGACAUCGCAGCCAAAGACAGCAAGUUCAAGAUGCCCAAGUUCAAGAUGCCCUCUUUUGGCGUUUCCGCGCCAGGCAAGCCCACCGUGGAGGCCUCGCUGGAGGCGGACGUGGCUCUGCCCUCGGUGCAGGGCGACCUCAAGACACCUGACCUGAGCACCAAGCUGCCCUCCGCCGACCUGGAGGUCAAGGCUGGGCAGGUGGGCGUUGAGUUUCCCGAGUUCCAGCAGCCCGAGGGUGAGCUGGCUUCAGAAGCUGCUGCUGGGGCCGGCCUGAAGGGCCACCUGACCAAGGGGCAGAUGCCCAGCCUCAAGAUGCCCAGCAUCAAGAUGCCCAAGGUGGACCUGAAGGGGCCCCACGUGGACCUGAAGGCCCCCAAAGUGGAUGUCAAAGGCGCCAAGGGCGAAGUCAGCGGCCCUGAUGUGGAGGUGUCGCUGCCAGGCGUGGAGGUGGACAUUCAGGCCCCAGGGGCCAAGCUGGAGGGGGACCUCGCGCUGGUCGACAAGGACAUGGCUGCCAAAGACAGCAAGUUCAAGAUGCCCAAGUUCAAGAUGCCCUCUUUCGGCGUUUCCGCGCCUGGCAAGCCCACCGUGGAGGCCUCGCUGGAAGUGACUGCCCCCAAGCUUGAGGCAGACAUGGCUCUGCCCUCAGUGCAGGGCGAGCUCAAGACACCCGACCUGAGCAUUAAGCUGCCCUCCACCGACCUGGAUAUCAAGGCAGGGCAGGUAGACGUUGAGUUGCCAGAGUUCCAGCUGCCCGAGGGUCAGCUGGCCUCAGAGGCUGCCGCUGGCUCCGGGCUCAAGGGCCACCUGCCCAAGGUUCAGAUACCCAGCCUCAAGAUGCCCAAGGUGGACCUGAAGGGGCCCCACGUGGAACUGAAGGCCCCAAAAGUGGACGUGACAGUCGCCAAAGGAGAGGUGAUCGGCCACGACUUGGAGGUGUCCCUGCCCAGCGUGGAGGUGGACAUCCAGGCCCCGGGAACCAAGCUGGAAGGAGACCUGACCCAAGCCCACAGGGACGUGGCCAGCAAAGACAGCAAGUUCAAGAUGCCCAAGUUCAAGAUGCCCUCCUUUGGAGUGUCUGCGCCUGGCAAGCCCGCUUUGGAGGCCUCGCUGGAGGUGGCCGCCCCCAAGCUGGAGGCUGACGUGGCUCUUCCCUCGGUGCAGGGCGAGCUCAAGACCACUGACCUGAGCAUGCAGCUCCCCUCCACCGACCUGGAGGUCAAGGCAGGGCAGGUGGACGUCGAGCUGCCUGAGUUCCAGCUGUCCGAGGGUGAGCUGGCCUCAGAAGCUGCCGCUGGUGCCGGCCUCAAGGGCCACAUGCCCAAGGGGCAGAUGCCCAGCCUCAAGAUGCCCAGCAUCAAGAUGCCCAAGGUGGACCUGAAGGGGCCACACGUGGACCUGAAGACACCCAAAGUGGACGUGAAAGGCGCCAAGGGCGACGUCAGCGGCCCCGAUCUGGAGGUGUCGCUGCCAGGCGUGGAGGUGGAUAUCCAGACCCCAGGGGCCAAGCUGGAGGGGGACCUCGCCCUGGUCGACAAGGACAUCGCAGCCAAAGACAGCAAGUUCAAGAUGCCCAAGUUCAAGAUGCCCUCUUUUGGCGUUUCCGCGCCAGGCAAGCCCACCGUGGAGGCCUCGCUGGAGGCGGACGUGGCUCUGCCCUCGGUGCAGGGCGACCUCAAGACACCUGACCUGAGCACCAAGCUGCCCUCUGCCGACCUGGAGGUCAAGGCUGGGCAGGUGGGCGUUGAGUUUCCCGAGUUCCAGCAGCCCGAGGGUGAGCUGGCUUCAGAAGCUGCUGCUGGGGCCGGCCUGAAGGGCCACCUGACCAAGGGGCAGAUGCCCAGCCUCAAGAUGCCCAGCAUCAAGAUGCCCAAGGUGGACCUGAAGGGGCCCCACGUGGACCUGAAGGCCCCCAAAGUGGAUGUCAAAGGCGCCAAGGGCGAAGUCAGCGGCCCUGAUGUGGAGGUGUCGCUGCCAGGCGUGGAGGUGGACAUUCAGGCCCCAGGGGCCAAGCUGGAGGGGGACCUCGCGCUGGUCGACAAGGACAUGGCUGCCAAAGACAGCAAGUUCAAGAUGCCCAAGUUCAAGAUGCCCUCUUUCGGCGUUUCCGCGCCUGGCAAGCCCACCGUGGAGGCCUCGCUGGAAGUGACUGCCCCCAAGCUUGAGGCAGACAUGGCUCUGCCCUCAGUGCAGGGCGAGCUCAAGACACCCGACCUGAGCAUUAAGCUGCCCUCCACCGACCUGGAUAUCAAGGCAGGGCAGGUAGACGUUGAGUUGCCAGAGUUCCAGCUGCCCGAGGGUCAGCUGGCCUCAGAGGCUGCCGCUGGCUCCGGGCUCAAGGGCCACCUGCCCAAGGUUCAGAUACCCAGCCUCAAGAUGCCCAAGGUGGACCUGAAGGGGCCCCACGUGGAACUGAAGGCCCCAAAAGUGGACGUGACAGUCGCCAAAGGAGAGGUGAUCGGCCACGACUUGGAGGUGUCCCUGCCCAGCGUGGAGGUGGACAUCCAGGCCCCGGGAACCAAGCUGGAAGGAGACCUGACCCAAGCCCACAGGGACGUGGCCAGCAAAGACAGCAAGUUCAAGAUGCCCAAGUUCAAGAUGCCCUCCUUUGGAGUGUCUGCGCCUGGCAAGCCCGCUUUGGAGGCCUCGCUGGAGGUGGCCGCCAAGCUGGAGGCUGACGUGGCUCUUCCCUCGGUGCAGGGCGAGCUCAAGACCACUGACCUGAGCAUGCAGCUCCCCUCCACCGACCUGGAGGUCAAGGCAGGGCAGGUGGACGUCGAGCUGCCUGAGUUCCAGCUGUCCGAGGGUGAGCUGGCCUCAGAAGCUGCCGCUGGUGCCGGCCUCAAGGGCCACAUGCCCAAGGGGCAGAUGCCCAGCCUCAAGAUGCCCAGCAUCAAGAUGCCCAAGGUGGACCUGAAGGGGCCACACGUGGACCUGAAGACACCCAAAGUGGACGUGAAAGGCGCCAAGGGCGACGUCAGCGGCCCCGAUCUGGAGGUGUCGCUGCCAGGCGUGGAGGUGGAUAUCCAGACCCCAGGGGCCAAGCUGGAGGGGGACCUCGCCCUGGUCGACAAGGACAUCGCAGCCAAAGACAGCAAGUUCAAGAUGCCCAAGUUCAAGAUGCCCUCUUUUGGCGUUUCCGCGCCAGGCAAGCCCACCGUGGAGGCCUCGCUGGAGGCGGACGUGGCUCUGCCCUCGGUGCAGGGCGACCUCAAGACACCUGACCUGAGCACCAAGCUGCCCUCCGCCGACCUGGAGGUCAAGGCUGGGCAGGUGGGCGUUGAGUUUCCCGAGUUCCAGCAGCCCGAGGGUGAGCUGGCUUCAGAAGCUGCUGCUGGGGCCGGCCUGAAGGGCCACCUGACCAAGGGGCAGAUGCCCAGCCUCAAGAUGCCCAGCAUCAAGAUGCCCAAGGUGGACCUGAAGGGGCCCCACGUGGACCUGAAGGCCCCCAAAGUGGAUGUCAAAGGCGCCAAGGGCGAAGUCAGCGGCCCUGAUGUGGAGGUGUCGCUGCCAGGCGUGGAGGUGGACAUUCAGGCCCCAGGGGCCAAGCUGGAGGGGGACCUCGCCCUGGUCGACAAGGACAUCGCAGCCAAAGACAGCAAGUUCAAGAUGCCCAAGUUCAAGAUGCCCUCUUUUGGCGUUUCCGCGCCAGGCAAGCCCACCGUGGAGGCCUCGCUGGAGGCGGACGUGGCUCUGCCCUCGGUGCAGGGCGACCUCAAGACACCUGACCUGAGCACCAAGCUGCCCUCCGCCGACCUGGAGGUCAAGGCUGGGCAGGUGGGCGUUGAGUUUCCCGAGUUCCAGCAGCCCGAGGGUGAGCUGGCUUCAGAAGCUGCUGCUGGGGCCGGCCUGAAGGGCCACCUGACCAAGGGGCAGAUGCCCAGCCUCAAGAUGCCCAGCAUCAAGAUGCCCAAGGUGGACCUGAAGGGGCCCCACGUGGACCUGAAGGCCCCCAAAGUGGAUGUCAAAGGCGCCAAGGGCGAAGUCAGCGGCCCUGAUGUGGAGGUGUCGCUGCCAGGCGUGGAGGUGGACAUUCAGGCCCCAGGGGCCAAGCUGGAGGGGGACCUCGCGCUGGUCGACAAGGACAUGGCUGCCAAAGACAGCAAGUUCAAGAUGCCCAAGUUCAAGAUGCCCUCUUUCGGCGUUUCCGCGCCUGGCAAGCCCACCGUGGAGGCCUCGCUGGAAGUGACUGCCCCCAAGCUUGAGGCAGACAUGGCUCUGCCCUCAGUGCAGGGCGAGCUCAAGACACCCGACCUGAGCAUUAAGCUGCCCUCCACCGACCUGGAUAUCAAGGCAGGGCAGGUAGACGUUGAGUUGCCAGAGUUCCAGCUGCCCGAGGGUCAGCUGGCCUCAGAGGCUGCCGCUGGCUCCGGGCUCAAGGGCCACCUGCCCAAGGUUCAGAUACCCAGCCUCAAGAUGCCCAAGGUGGACCUGAAGGGGCCCCACGUGGAACUGAAGGCCCCAAAAGUGGACGUGACAGUCGCCAAAGGAGAGGUGAUCGGCCACGACUUGGAGGUGUCCCUGCCCAGCGUGGAGGUGGACAUCCAGGCCCCGGGAACCAAGCUGGAAGGAGACCUGACCCAAGCCCACAGGGACGUGGCCAGCAAAGACAGCAAGUUCAAGAUGCCCAAGUUCAAGAUGCCCUCCUUUGGAGUGUCUGCGCCUGGCAAGCCCGCUUUGGAGGCCUCGCUGGAGGUGGCCGCCCCCAAGCUGGAGGCUGACGUGGCUCUUCCCUCGGUGCAGGGCGAGCUCAAGACCACUGACCUGAGCAUGCAGCUCCCCUCCACCGACCUGGAGGUCAAGGCAGGGCAGGUGGACGUCGAGCUGCCUGAGUUCCAGCUGUCCGAGGGUGAGCUGGCCUCAGAAGCUGCCGCUGGUGCCGGCCUCAAGGGCCACAUGCCCAAGGGGCAGAUGCCCAGCCUCAAGAUGCCCAGCAUCAAGAUGCCCAAGGUGGACCUGAAGGGGCCACACGUGGACCUGAAGACACCCAAAGUGGACGUGAAAGGCGCCAAGGGCGACGUCAGCGGCCCCGAUCUGGAGGUGUCGCUGCCAGGCGUGGAGGUGGAUAUCCAGACCCCAGGGGCCAAGCUGGAGGGGGACCUCGCCCUGGUCGACAAGGACAUCGCAGCCAAAGACAGCAAGUUCAAGAUGCCCAAGUUCAAGAUGCCCUCUUUUGGCGUUUCCGCGCCAGGCAAGCCCACCGUGGAGGCCUCGCUGGAGGCGGACGUGGCUCUGCCCUCGGUGCAGGGCGACCUCAAGACACCUGACCUGAGCACCAAGCUGCCCUCCGCCGACCUGGAGGUCAAGGCUGGGCAGGUGGGCGUUGAGUUUCCCGAGUUCCAGCAGCCCGAGGGUGAGCUGGCUUCAGAAGCUGCUGCUGGGGCCGGCCUGAAGGGCCACCUGACCAAGGGGCAGAUGCCCAGCCUCAAGAUGCCCAGCAUCAAGAUGCCCAAGGUGGACCUGAAGGGGCCCCACGUGGACCUGAAGGCCCCCAAAGUGGAUGUCAAAGGCGCCAAGGGCGAAGUCAGCGGCCCUGAUGUGGAGGUGUCGCUGCCAGGCGUGGAGGUGGACAUUCAGGCCCCAGGGGCCAAGCUGGAGGGGGACCUCGCGCUGGUCGACAAGGACAUGGCUGCCAAAGACAGCAAGUUCAAGAUGCCCAAGUUCAAGAUGCCCUCUUUCGGCGUUUCCGCGCCUGGCAAGCCCACCGUGGAGGCCUCGCUGGAAGUGACUGCCCCCAAGCUUGAGGCAGACAUGGCUCUGCCCUCAGUGCAGGGCGAGCUCAAGACACCCGACCUGAGCAUUAAGCUGCCCUCCACCGACCUGGAUAUCAAGGCAGGGCAGGUAGACGUUGAGUUGCCAGAGUUCCAGCUGCCCGAGGGUCAGCUGGCCUCAGAGGCUGCCGCUGGCUCCGGGCUCAAGGGCCACCUGCCCAAGGUUCAGAUACCCAGCCUCAAGAUGCCCAAGGUGGACCUGAAGGGGCCCCACGUGGAACUGAAGGCCCCAAAAGUGGACGUGACAGUCGCCAAAGGAGAGGUGAUCGGCCACGACUUGGAGGUGUCCCUGCCCAGCGUGGAGGUGGACAUCCAGGCCCCGGGAACCAAGCUGGAAGGAGACCUGACCCAAGCCCACAGGGACGUGGCCAGCAAAGACAGCAAGUUCAAGAUGCCCAAGUUCAAGAUGCCCUCCUUUGGAGUGUCUGCGCCUGGCAAGCCCGCUUUGGAGGCCUCGCUGGAGGUGGCCGCCCCCAAGCUGGAGGCUGACGUGGCUCUUCCCUCGGUGCAGGGCGAGCUCAAGACCACUGACCUGAGCAUGCAGCUCCCCUCCACCGACCUGGAGGUCAAGGCAGGGCAGGUGGACGUCGAGCUGCCUGAGUUCCAGCUGUCCGAGGGUGAGCUGGCCUCAGAGGCUGCCGCUGGUGCCGGCCUCAAGGGCCACAUGCCCAAGGGGCAGAUGCCCAGCCUCAAGAUGCCCAGCAUCAAGAUGCCCAAGGUGGACCUGAAGGGGCCACACGUGGACCUGAAGACACCCAAAGUGGACGUGAAAGGCGCCAAGGGCGACGUCAGCGGCCCCGAUCUGGAGGUGUCGCUGCCAGGCGUGGAGGUGGAUAUCCAGACCCCAGGGGCCAAGCUGGAGGGGGACCUCGCCCUGGUCGACAAGGACAUCGCAGCCAAAGACAGCAAGUUCAAGAUGCCCAAGUUCAAGAUGCCCUCUUUUGGCGUUUCCGCGCCAGGCAAGACCACCGUGGAGGCCUCGCUGGAGGCGGACGUGGCUCUGCCCUCGGUGCAGGGCGACCUCAAGACACCUGACCUGAGCACCAAGCUGCCCUCUGCCGACCUGGAGGUCAAGGCUGGGCAGGUGGGCGUUGAGUUUCCCGAGUUCCAGCAGCCCGAGGGUGAGCUGGCUUCAGAAGCUGCUGCUGGGGCCGGCCUGAAGGGCCACCUGACCAAGGGGCAGAUGCCCAGCCUCAAGAUGCCCAGCAUCAAGAUGCCCAAGGUGGACCUGAAGGGGCCCCACGUGGACCUGAAGGCCCCCAAAGUGGAUGUCAAAGGCGCCAAGGGCGAAGUCAGCGGCCCUGAUGUGGAGGUGUCGCUGCCAGGCGUGGAGGUGGACAUUCAGGCCCCAGGGGCCAAGCUGGAGGGGGACCUCGCGCUGGUCGACAAGGACAUGGCUGCCAAAGACAGCAAGUUCAAGAUGCCCAAGUUCAAGAUGCCCUCUUUCGGCGUUUCCGCGCCUGGCAAGCCCACCGUGGAGGCCUCGCUGGAAGUGACUGCCCCCAAGCUUGAGGCAGACAUGGCUCUGCCCUCAGUGCAGGGCGAGCUCAAGACACCCGACCUGAGCAUUAAGCUGCCCUCCACCGACCUGGAUAUCAAGGCAGGGCAGGUAGACGUUGAGUUGCCAGAGUUCCAGCUGCCCGAGGGUCAGCUGGCCUCAGAGGCUGCCGCUGGCUCCGGGCUCAAGGGCCACCUGCCCAAGGUUCAGAUACCCAGCCUCAAGAUGCCCAAGGUGGACCUGAAGGGGCCCCACGUGGAACUGAAGGCCCCAAAAGUGGACGUGACAGUCGCCAAAGGAGAGGUGAUCGGCCACGACUUGGAGGUGUCCCUGCCCAGCGUGGAGGUGGACAUCCAGGCCCCGGGAACCAAGCUGGAAGGAGACCUGACCCAAGCCCACAGGGACGUGGCCAGCAAAGACAGCAAGUUCAAGAUGCCCAAGUUCAAGAUGCCCUCCUUUGGAGUGUCUGCGCCUGGCAAGCCCGCUUUGGAGGCCUCGCUGGAGGUGGCCGCCCCCAAGCUGGAGGCUGACGUGGCUCUUCCCUCGGUGCAGGGCGAGCUCAAGACCACUGACCUGAGCAUGCAGCUCCCCUCCACCGACCUGGAGGUCAAGGCAGGGCAGGUGGACGUCGAGCUGCCUGAGUUCCAGCUGUCCGAGGGUGAGCUGUCUUCAGAGGCUGCCGCUGGUGCCGGCCUCAAGGGCCACAUGCCCAAGGGGCAGAUGCCCAGCCUCAAGAUGCCCAGCAUCAAGAUGCCCAAGGUGGACCUGAAGGGGCCACACGUGGACCUGAAGACACCCAAAGUGGACGUGAAAGGCGGCAAGGGCGACGUCAGCGGCCCCGAUCUGGAGGUGUCGCUGCCAGGCGUGGAGGUGGAUAUCCAGACCCCAGGGGCCAAGCUGGAGGGGGACCUCGCCCUGGUCGACAAGGACAUCGCAGCCAAAGACAGCAAGUUCAAGAUGCCCAAGUUCAAGAUGCCCUCUUUUGGCGUUUCCGCGCCAGGCAAGCCCACCGAGGAGGCCUCGCUGGAGGCGGACGUGGCUCUGCCCUCGGUGCAGGGCGACCUCAAGACACCUGACCUGAGCACCAAGCUGCCCUCCGCCGACCUGGAGGUCAAGGCUGGGCAGGUGGGCGUUGAGUUUCCCGAGUUCCAGCAGCCCGAGGGUGAGCUGGCUUCAGAAGCUGCUGCUGGGGCCGGCCUGAAGGGCCACCUGACCAAGGGGCAGAUGCCCAGCCUCAAGAUGCCCAGCAUCAAGAUGCCCAAGGUGGACCUGAAGGGGCCCCACGUGGACCUGAAGGCCCCCAAAGUGGAUGUCAAAGGCGCCAAGGGCGAAGUCAGCGGCCCUGAUGUGGAGGUGUCGCUGCCAGGCGUGGAGGUGGACAUUCAGGCCCCAGGGGCCAAGCUGGAGGGGGACCUCGCGCUGGUCGACAAGGACAUGGCUGCCAAAGACAGCAAGUUCAAGAUGCCCAAGUUCAAGAUGCCCUCUUUCGGCGUUUCCGCGCCUGGCAAGCCCACCGUGGAGGCCUCGCUGGAAGUGACUGCCCCCAAGCUUGAGGCAGACAUGGCUCUGCCCUCAGUGCAGGGCGAGCUCAAGACACCCGACCUGAGCAUUAAGCUGCCCUCCACCGACCUGGAUAUCAAGGCAGGGCAGGUAGACGUUGAGUUGCCAGAGUUCCAGCUGCCCGAGGGUCAGCUGGCCUCAGAGGCUGCCGCUGGCUCCGGGCUCAAGGGCCACCUGCCCAAGGUUCAGAUACCCAGCCUCAAGAUGCCCAAGGUGGACCUGAAGGGGCCCCACGUGGAACUGAAGGCCCCAAAAGUGGACGUGACAGUCGCCAAAGGAGAGGUGAUCGGCCACGACUUGGAGGUGUCCCUGCCCAGCGUGGAGGUGGACAUCCAGGCCCCGGGAACCAAGCUGGAAGGAGACCUGACCCAAGCCCACAGGGACGUGGCCAGCAAAGACAGCAAGUUCAAGAUGCCCAAGUUCAAGAUGCCCUCCUUUGGAGUGUCUGCGCCUGGCAAGCCCGCUUUGGAGGCCUCGCUGGAGGUGGCCGCCCCCAAGCUGGAGGCUGACGUGGCUCUUCCCUCGGUGCAGGGCGAGCUCAAGACCACUGACCUGAGCAUGCAGCUCCCCUCCACCGACCUGGAGGUCAAGGCAGGGCAGGUGGACGUCGAGCUGCCUGAGUUCCAGCUGUCCGAGGGUGAGCUGGCCUCAGAGGCUGCCGCUGGUGCCGGCCUCAAGGGCCACAUGCCCAAGGGGCAGAUGCCCAGCCUCAAGAUGCCCAGCAUCAAGAUGCCCAAGGUGGACCUGAAGGGGCCACACGUGGACCUGAAGACACCCAAAGUGGACGUGAAAGGCGGCAAGGGCGACGUCAGCGGCCCCGAUCUGGAGGUGUCGCUGCCAGGCGUGGAGGUGGAUAUCCAGACCCCAGGGGCCAAGCUGGAGGGGGACCUCGCCCUGGUCGACAAGGACAUCGCAGCCAAAGACAGCAAGUUCAAGAUGCCCAAGUUCAAGAUGCCCUCUUUCGGCGUUUCCGCGCCAGGCAAGCCCACCGUGGAGGCCUCGCUGGAGGCGGACGUGGCUCUGCCCUCGGUGCAGGGCGACCUCAAGACACCUGACCUGAGCACCAAGCUGCCCUCCGCCGACCUGGAGGUCAAGGCUGGGCAGGUGGGCGUUGAGUUUCCCGAGUUCCAGCAGCCCGAGGGUGAGCUGGCUUCAGAAGCUGCUGCUGGGGCCGGCCUGAAGGGCCACCUGACCAAGGGGCAGAUGCCCAGCCUCAAGAUGCCCAGCAUCAAGAUGCCCAAGGUGGACCUGAAGGGGCCCCACGUGAACCUGAAGGCCCCCAAAGUGGAUGUCAAAGGCGCCAAGGGCGAAGUCAGCGGCCCUGAUGUGGAGGUGUCGCUGCCAGGCGUGGAGGUGGACAUUCAGGCCCCAGGGGCCAAGCUGGAGGGGGACCUCGCGCUGGUCGACAAGGACAUGGCUGCCAAAGACAGCAAGUUCAAGAUGCCCAAGUUCAAGAUGCCCUCUUUCGGCGUUUCCGCGCCUGGCAAGCCCACCGUGGAGGCCUCGCUGGAAGUGACUGCCCCCAAGCUUGAGGCAGACAUGGCUCUGCCCUCAGUGCAGGGCGAGCUCAAGACACCCGACCUGAGCAUUAAGCUGCCCUCCACCGACCUGUAUAUCAAGGCAGGGCAGGUAGACGUUGAGUUGCCAGAGUUCCAGCUGCCCGAGGGUCAGCUGGCCUCAGAGGCUGCCGCUGGCUCCGGGCUCAAGGGCCACCUGCCCAAGGUUCAGAUACCCAGCCUCAAGAUGCCCAAGGUGGACCUGAAGGGGCCCCACGUGGAACUGAAGGCCCCAAAAGUGGACGUGACAGUCGCCAAAGGAGAGGUGAUCGGCCACGACUUGGAGGUGUCCCUGCCCAGCGUGGAGGUGGACAUCCAGGCCCCGGGAACCAAGCUGGAAGGAGACCUGACCCAAGCCCACAGGGACGUGGCCAGCAAAGACAGCAAGUUCAAGAUGCCCAAGUUCAAGAUGCCCUCCUUUGGAGUGUCUGCGCCUGGCAAGCCCGCUUUGGAGGCCUCGCUGGAGGUGGCCGCCCCCAAGCUGGAGGCUGACGUGGCUCUUCCCUCGGUGCAGGGCGAGCUCAAGACCACUGACCUGAGCAUGCAGCUCCCCUCCACCGACCUGGAGGUCAAGGCAGGGCAGGUGGACGUCGAGCUGCCUGAGUUCCAGCUGUCCGAGGGUGAGCUGUCUUCAGAGGCUGCUGAUGGUGCCGGCCUCAAAGUCCACCUGCCAAAGGGGCAGAUGCCCAGCAUCAAGAUGCCUAAGGUGCACCUGAAGGGGCCACACCUGGACCUGAAGGCCCCCAAAAUGGAUGUGAAGUCUGCCAAGGGCGAGUUGAGUGUCCCUGCUGCGGAGGUCUCCCAGCCCGGUGUGAAGCUGGUUAUCCAGGCCCCUGGGGCCAAGCUGGAGAGUGACCUGUCCCAAGCCCACAAGGACAUGUCCACCAAAGACAGCAAGUUCAAGAUGCCCAAGUUCAAGAUGCCCUCUUUCGGAAUGUCCAUGCCUGGCAAACCCACCGUGGAGGAUGCCUCGCUGGAGGUGGCUACCCUCAAGGUGGAGGCGGUCGUGCCCCUUCCCUCGGUGCAGGGCGAGCUCAAGACCACUGACCUGAGCAUGCAGCUCCCCUCCACCGACCUGGAGGUCAAGGCAGGGCAGGUGGACGUCGAGCUGCCUGAGUUCCAGCUGUCUGAGGGUGAGCUGGCUGCAGAUUCUGCUGCUGGUGCCAGCCUCAAGAGACCCAUUCCCAAGGGGCAGAUGCCCAGCCUCCAGAUGCCCAAGGUGGACAUGAAGGGCCCCCAUGUGGACCUGAAGGCCCCCAAAGUGGAUGUGAAGGGCGCCAAGGGCGAGCCAAUCUCAGCUGCCACUGAGUCUCCUGUGUCUGAGUGCAUCCUCAGUUCCUCUGCGAAUCCUCCAUCAUCGGAAGGUUCUUUGGUUGCUGAGGUUCAAUCUUCGGACUCUUCUCUUUGUCAUGAUUUUGAAAGAUCAUCAUUUGGGUCUACAAUUAGUCACCCCCUUGAGGCAUCCCAUCCAGAAGGAAAGGGAAGUUCCUUCCGAUUGCCAGGCAUACAGCUCCGCCCGUUUAAUCUGUCUCCUAAGAAGCAGACAGGGUCUCCAGCUGAUCCUGAGACCCAGCAUGUGGAACCCGUGUCCAGCGUUGGUUCCUCUAUAGUUGAAAUGGAGACUCAAGUUGGUACUCAUGCUUCCACAGUGGAGUGUCAACCGCAUCCCUCUACGGAGAAGGAAAUUGAGAAGGGGAGAAGCCGUAAGCUCAGCUUUUCCAUGCCACGAUUUGGACUACCCAAGAUAAAGGGUCCCAAGGGGCGGGCUGGCGUGCCACAGGGAGAAGUGAAGCCUUCCCUCCCGGGCACCACAUCUGGAGGUGACUUGGUAGCCCUACAAUCCCCUGUCAGUGAUACCGAGGUUGGGGGCAGUCUUUCAAAAGAUGUCCCUGCUGGGGCUUGCAUCAGCUCCCUCUCCAUGACAGCAGAGGUGGCUGGGUCCAAAGCUGGUGUUCCACCUGUCCAAGGUGUCCCUGAUGUCCGAGGUGACAGCAGGAGUCCGAUGUUGGUGGGUGUGUCUGCAAGCCAGCCGCUUGGGGCACUGGCUCCACCUGUAGCGGGAGCCGUGCAGCCAUCCUGCAGACACGGAGGUAACACGCCCGCCAUGGAAAGCCCUGUGAUGGACCCCCCUGCAAAAGAGAUGUCAGCAGACUCCCAGGAGCGCUGGUUCAAAAUGCCCAAGUUCCGGGUUCCCGGUUUCAGGCGCUCCUCCUCCAAGGAGCGAGAUGGGACUGGGGAACAGGAAGGUACUCAGAGCCCAGUCGCCAGCAAAGCUUUAGAGGCAGAGGUAGCAACGGCCACUGUGCAACUAUCCCAUGUGCCUGAGACCAAGUUAGAGGCACAUGUCUCCCUGAGGCCCCCAGAGGGACGGACCAGUGUGAAGAGCCCAGAAAGCCCCACGUAUGCAGAUGUUGUGAAGCGUGAUCUCCACGGAACAGGCUCUAGGCUGCACAGCCCCACUGCGUCAAUGUCCCAGACACAUGUCCCCACUCCUGAGUUAGGGACCCAUCCAGCCAAAGACUCCUUCUCUCCUGAGAUGUCUGGCGUGAGAGUCUCAGAAGCCCAGCUUCCUCCGGAAGGAAUAGGCAAGCAGCAGCAUCCUGAGCCAGGAGGAGACAUUCUUGCUGAGGUGGAGGCUAGAACAGAGAGCUGUCCUUCCCAGCCCCAAGGGCCUCUGAGGCUGAAGGCUUCCCUCACCGAUAUGCCGUCCCAGGUCUCUGUGGUGAGCACAGGUCAGCUCUGGGAGGAUUCCGUGUUGACUGUAACAUUCCCCAAACUAAAGGUACCCAAGUUCUCCUUCAAUGUCUCCAGCUCUGAGGCUGAUGUAUUCUUCCCUGUGGUGAGGAAGGCACAAUGUUCAGAGGGCAGCACUGGCGACACCUCACACAAAGCCAGUCUUGGGCUCUGGGAAGCCAGUCUUCUAAAGACCGGAGCUGAGGAUUCUAGAGAGCCACCAGCAAGCCUUGAGCAAGCCUCGGAAGCAUCCCCGAUUUCUAAGGUCAGAGUGCACAUUCAGGGGUCUCAAGCCGACAGUCAAGAAGUCACCAUUUGCCACAGGGUGGAACGAGAGGGUGCUGAUUCCUCCGCACGCCAAGCCUUUUCUACUCAGAUCGUGAGGGAGUCAGAGAUUCCGGCUUCUACAAUUCAGACUCCUUCUUACGGGUUUUCUUUACUGAAAGUGAAAAUCCCAGAGCCCCCUGUGCAGGGUAGUGUUUAUACGGUGAUUCCUGAUUCCCAGGCACAGGAGGAGGGCUUGGGUGCAGCUCCCACACCAGGUGCUGCUGGGAGACAUUCCAUCCCUGGCGAUGUCCCACCUGAUGCCGGCGAACCGUUUGAAAUGAUCUCGUCCAGUGCUGGCAUGCCACCGAGGUCACUCACACCCGAGCUGCCCCCUGGGCCCCAGCCUGCAGACAACACCUCUGAUGAGGAACCAGCGGAAAUUCUUGAGUUCCCUGAGGACAGCCAGGAGGUAAAGCCCCCUGAGAUGGUUACUACACAGAAGCCAGACGGCAAAAAGUCCAGCCUGCUGUGGUCCUGGCUUCCGAGCAUCGGGUUCUCCUCUGUGGAAGAGGCUGCUGAUUCCAGAGACACCACCCAAAGACCUGCUCCUGUCCACAUGCAACCUGCAGCUCGCCUGGACCCCGAACUGCCCAGGAAGCAGGAGAAGUCGGGCUGGUUCCGGUUUCCCAAGUUAGGGUUCUCCUCUUCACCUACCAAGAAGAGCAGAAGUGUGGAAGACGAGGAAGGUCAGGCAGAGGCGAAACCCCAGGAAGAAACUGUCACCUUUUUUGAUGCCCGAGAAAGCUUCUCUCCCGAGGAGGAGGAGGAACCCAAGCCAGAGGUGACAAGUGCCGGGCCUGGUUCCAAAGCAAUGGUGGCGUCCCCUGCAAGAACAGAACUAGUACUGUUGGAACAGUCUAGAGACGCCGGUGACAAAUCUACACCCAGGCCUGUGGCCCAAUAAGGGCCAGAGCUCAAAGUCAGUGGAAGAGAUAAACGACCCCAGUGGAAAGUCAGGGGCUGGGCACUGUAACAGCUCCCCACCCCAGAAUGCACGCUGUAGACCGUGAUCCACAGUCUGGAAACCCAAGGAAAAAAUGAAUAGCACUUCUGUGUCACAUCUUUCAUGGAACCAAAAAACAACGCUAGUUUCUUCUGCAGAACUGUCUAGCCCUGAGAGUUACUGCUGGAGAACCCUGUUGGCCUUUGUGGGGCAAGUCCCAAGAGGCCAGCUGAUGCCAGGAGAGCGACAUUGCCUCUGAAGUUCCCACGUCUGUCUGUAGGCAGGAGAACCUUUUGGUGUAAUCUCUGACCCGCUGCUGCUGCUGCUGCUCCCUCGUGCAGACUAUGGUGUGUCCCCGCUGCCUUCUUGCUCCGUUGGACUUCCUCCUUUGUUGACUGUCUCACUAACGGCAAGCUUUGGGACGCGGACUGUGAUGGUGGGUACAUGCGGCAGGGAGGUCUGACCGGCGGCUGAUGGCGCCCAGCGACAACUGUGGGUGCCCACAGACGGGGGUUUGCCGUUAGACCUUGUCUGCCUGCCUGCCAGUGUGCCUGCUUCCCCGGAUGUGUGCCCGCCCUAUGUUCCGGCUCCCCACGCCUCGAGUGCCGACUGCAGCCCACACACAUGGUCCCAUUCAGCCACCUCCUACGGGAAAAUAAAGGAAACGAUGCAACCCGUG